AUUUGUGCCUUUGAAAUGGAAAUUGAGUUUGGUUUAGAUGAAAUUCCAAAUUCGAUCAGCAUAAUUAACCAGAAGCAUCGCGGUGCAGAGAUAACAUAACACAAGCAAAGUUAUAGCACGUGCACGUAUCAAUUAGUUGUUAGUAAGAUGACGAUAUUUCCUCACUGUUUACGUAAAUAGAUGCAGCUGUAAGAUGGCAGCGGCAACAACUGCAGACCACAAAGCUAAUCCGCUUAAAUCGUUUAUUGCUGGAGGCUUUGGCGGAAUUUGCAGUGUACUUACAAUGCAUCCAUUGGACACAAUUAAGGUGCGGCUGCAGACGAUGCCUUUGCCAGCAGCUGGGCAGCCACCCAGAUACAAAGGGAUCGUAGACUGUACGGUGAAGACUUUUCGAGCUGAGGGAUUGCGUGGCUUCUAUCGAGGCAUUUCUGCUCCCUUGGUUGGUGUAGCGCCCAUUUAUGCUGUAGAUUUUGCUGUUUAUGCGGCAGGGAAGCGACUGUUCCAAACGGAUGAGCAACUGAAGCUGAAUUACACACAAAUUUUUAUGGCCGGUCUUGGCUCUGGCAUUUGCUCAGCCCUGGUUGCGGUGCCAACAGAUCGCAUUAAGCUGCUGCUGCAAACGCAGCCUUUAACUGGACCACCCAUGUACAGUGGCAUGAUGGAUACAGCCAUAAAGCUCUACAGACAGGGUGGCAUGCGCAGUCUUUUUAAAGGCACUUGCGCAUGCAUGCUGAGAGAGUCACCCAGUGGUGUAUAUUUUGUUGUCUAUGAGGCCUUACAGGAUUUGGCGAGACGGCGCUCUCCAGCAGGGAAUAUAACAGCAACUUCUACGAUAUUUGCUGGUGGAAUGGCUGGCAUUGCAUUCUGGUCCCUAGCUGCGCCUUUUGAUCUGCUUAAGAGUCGACUACAAUCCGCGCCCGAGGGCACCUAUAAUCAGGGGAUUCGCAGUGUUUUUCGGGAUUUGAUGGCAAGGGAGGGUCCGAAGGCGUUGUUUCGUGGAGCUUCGCCUAUAUUAAUACGUGCUUUUCCCCAGACAGCAGCGAUUUUCAUUGGCGUGGAGGUGGCCAAUGAUUUCCUGGAUUACUAGACUUCUAGACUAUUAGAAGGUUGUGUGCCAAUUAGAAGCUAUUUUUGAAAUUGUUUUUAGGUAAAAUUUUAUGUAAUUAAAUGUGAAUAUUUUGAUACAA